AAAAUAGUGACGUCACAUCCUUCCCGUGAUGCUUAGCGAGCACAAAUUGAACGCUCGGCAAAAGAAAACAAUUGUAUUUUACAUGCUCUGUUUUAAAGAGUAAAACACACAAAACAAAACAUUUCAACUGGAAUUGAUACCGCUAAGAAAAAGUAUUCAACGGUGUGUAACGGGAAGAGUUCAUCCGGGCACGGCAUCAUGGAUCAGGACUAUGAGUGUAGGCUGCUCAGGCAGAUAAACAUUCAAAAUGAGAACGCAAGCCCAAUAAAAGCGGUAGGAGCAGUGCGAGCUCUGACACCCACCAGCUCCCCCCUGUCGUCCCCUAGCAAGCAUGGUGAUCGCUUUAUUCCCUCCCGGGCUGGAGCCAACUGGAGUGUCAACUUCCACCGCAUCAAUGAAAUUGAAAAGUCGCACAAUCAAAACAGAAAAACCAAAGAUGGCACAACAGACAGCAAUAAAGCGGAUGGUCUGGCUUACUCGGCUCUGCUGAAGAACGAGCUUCUAGGAGCGGGCAUCGAGAAAGUCCAGGACCCCCAGUCAGAAGACCGCCGUCUGCAGCCAUCUACUCCUGCCAAGAGAAGCCUUUUUAGUUAUUCUGUAAGUGCAAAGAGGGCUCUGCCAGAAGAGGAUGGAAACACCGUCUCUCCAUAUUCUCUAUCACCUGUCAGUAGCAACAGCCAGAAACUGCUGCGGUCACCGAGGAAACCUACGCGCAAAAUAUCCAAAAUUCCUUUUAAAGUCCUGGAUGCUCCAGAGCUUCAGGACGACUUCUACCUCAACUUAGUGGACUGGUCCUCUCUGAAUGUGCUCAGUGUUGGACUGGGUACCUGUGUUUACCUGUGGAGUGCCUGCACCAGCCAGGUGACCCGUCUAUGUGACCUUUCUGUAGAGGGAGAUUCUGUAACAUCAGUGGGUUGGUCAGAGAGGGGUAACCUAGUGGCGGUGGGUACUCAUAAAGGCUACGUACAGAUCUGGGAUGCAGCAGCAGGGAAGAAGCUCUCCGUACUAGAAGGACACACAGCCAGAGUUGGUGCGUUGGCAUGGAAUGCGGACCAGCUGUCGUCUGGGAGCCGCGAUCGGGUGAUCCUGCAGCGGGACAUCAGAGCCCCGCCUCUCCAGUCAGAGCGCCGUCUCCAAGGACACAGACAGGAAGUGUGCGGGCUCAAGUGGAGCACAGACCACCAGCUGCUAGCCUCAGGUGGAAAUGACAACAAGUUACUUGUGUGGAACCACUCGAGCGUCCUCCCGGUGCAGCAGUACACUGAGCACUUGGCUGCAGUGAAGGCCAUUGCCUGGUCUCCCCACCAGCACGGCCUGCUGGCCUCCGGCGGCGGCACCGCCGACCGCUGCAUCCGCUUCUGGAACACUCUGACCGGCCAGCCCUUACAGUGCACAGACACCGGCUCGCAGGUCUGCAACCUGGCCUGGUCCAAGCACACCAAUGAACUGGUCAGCACACACGGUUAUUCCCAGAACCAGAUCCUGGUGUGGAAGUAUCCCUCUCUCACUCAAGUGGCCAAACUUACUGGACAUUCCUAUAGAGUACUCUACCUGGCCAUGUCCCCUGACGGAGAGGCCAUUGUGACGGGAGCUGGAGAUGAAACACUUCGGUUCUGGAACGUAUUUAGCAAAAUGAGAUCCACUAAGGAAUCAGUGUCAGUGCUGAACCUCUUCACCAGAAUCCGGUAGUAAACACGCCUCUGUUCUACGAGGGAAUAAAGCCGGGAAGGGAGAUUGUGUUUGCAUGUAUCGAGCGGUAAACAGGCUCUUCUUUGCGUAUUCACCUCAGUAGUCUACAGAGGUCCCCCCCCCUCGAUUGCCCUUAGUUAAUUAGCCAAGUUGUAGCUGGAGUUGGGAGGGAGCUGGAGAGAUGCACAGCGUGAGUGUCGAGGGCAGAGGAGAUGCGUACGUACAGUAUUCCACUUCCUCCUGUAUGAUGGAGCCGCUGCCUCCACCAACAGACCAGUGAUCUCUGAUGACGAGGAGAAUUUGGGGUGCGUUUUUCUCCCCAUGUGAUUAUGUUUUGUUUACAGACUGACGUUGUGCUUACCUGCCAAAUAUUGAGUUUGUCCUUUUGAUUGUCUUAUUUAAUUUAUUUCUUUUUUUUGUUUUGUUUUUUAAAAAAACAUUUAAAAAAUAUAUUCCUACUAGUGUGUUUUGUUUUUGGCUGGUAGAUUUCCUUUAUGUGUGUAACUGCAGUUUUUGGUCUGAUCUGUGCAGUGUUUUUGGCUUUGUUCAGGUUUGCAGAAAAAUCUAAGCUUGUUUUUUUGUAUUUUACUGAGAGACAAUAAUGUUUCACGUACACUGAUAAGCGAUUAUAUAAUCCUUUGCCGUUUCGAGAACUGGAUUAGACGAAUGGGCCUGAUCUCCCUUUUAAAAAAUCUUACAUUAAGUUAAUUUUAGCCUAAUUAUAUUAAGCAGUAUCGGCUCAUUGUUUCUCUCUUGAGGAAUCUUGAACUGGCAUACGGCACAUCUUAGAAGAAAAUAAUUAUUUGGUAACACUGUAAAUAAGAACAGUUGCCUACAAAAGUAAUUCACAUGAAAAUGUGUGACUUGUGUGGAAGCAUUUCACUCGUCUUGUUUUUCUACUUUCUUAAAUGAAAAAUCAGGCGUGGGAAGUUAAAAUUAAAACCCGUUGGCUUAUCAGUGUAGUUUGUAACAGCAACUAAAACACACAGCAAAACAUUUGGGAUUAAAUUGUUGUGAAAUGCAGUUCUGUGCAGAGCUCCUGCUUUGCGCUGUGUCUAAAAUAUUCAAGCUCCGGGCACUUGUUUUUUGCUACAUCAGACCAUUUCUGUGUUUCGCAGUCAUGCCAUUCUACUUUUGUUUUAGUUUUUUUUAUCUGAAAAAAAAAAAAAAAAGGAUUUCAUAUCAUCUGCAACGUUUUCUCCCAAUUUAGAUUUUUCUUCUUUUCAUGUUUGAAUGUUUGAGUCGACUAGCGUGCCACAUUUAAACGAAUGCUAUUUAUUUGUGUUGUGAAGAAAGGUUCUUGUACAGAAAUGGCAUGUUUGUUUACUAAUGUUAUCUGGAGGAAGUUGAUGGGCAGUUUCACUGCUCGACUUUUAUGGAAGUUUCUUUUAAUGCCACUUCAAAAUCAAGACAAUGCUGCCAACUUGAAUUACAGAAAGAAUGUUAAAAAUAUUUCUGUACUGAGAGAUAAUCAACAAUUAAAUUAUCAUAUCUUGUACAUUA